AAAAAUGCAACAUGAUCAACAAUUACAGCAAAGAAGGCAAAGGGCAAAGCAAACAAAGGACAGACCCAAAAUUUUCAUCCUCUCUUCUUAUUGCUAAAACCCCCAUCAACUUACUUAAAAAGGUUUUACUUUGAUUUUCCUUUCUUCGAAAUGGCGUCGAGGAAGAUCUUUUUUGGUUCAAAACCAAGCUAUAUCUACCCAACCAUGGAACUUGAUGAUGGAAAUGUCAACAACCCUUCUUCUGAUCAUCACAACCAUUUGGAGUUCGAUGAAGCAGAUGUAUGGAAUUCUAAUGAAUCAACAACAACCGCCACCCUGGAUGCCAAAAAACCAUUGCCCACCUCACGAAGUUCGUCUAAGAAACUGUUGAGAAAGAUGGAGGUAAGCGAUCGUAGGAGCCAAAUGGCCUCAGCUUCAUUGCCAGUCAACAUCCCUGACUGGUCCAAAAUUCUUAAAGAUGAAUACCGGGAACAUGGCAAGAGUGACGAAGAUGUUGACGACGACGACGACGACGUCGACGAUGAUGAUGACGGUAGGGUUCCUCCUCAUGAAUAUUUGGCUAGGAGAAGAGGCGCUUCGUUUUCUGUUCAUGAAGGAAUCGGGAGGACUUUGAAAGGAAGAGACCUGCGUCGUGUAAGGAAUGCUAUCUGGAAAAAAACAGGGUUCGAAGAUUAGCCCAAGGAACAGAAACACCAGGCUGAAUUCUUUUUCUUUUCUUUUUCUUUUUCUCAGACCAAGAAUUUGAUAGUGUUAGUUGGCAAAUUUUUUCAUUGCCAUAUCUAUAUUUUUCUCUUUGAUUUUUUUUUUGUUUCUUGUUGAGAUUAUGUUAACUUAUAUCCUCUGAUUUUCUGGGUUUUGAGAUUCAUCAGAGGAUCUGUUUUGUUCUGGUUUUUUGCAUGAUGUAACUAUUCAAGACUUUAAAAUUGUUAGCAGAUUUCAAUGAUAAUUUACUUUUAGUUUAGAUUGCCAACAUUUUCUUCUUCUUU